AUGGCAGCCGACAGCUCCCUGCUGCAGCUGGAGCAGCUCCUGGGAGCAGCAGCAUCGACGCCUGCUGCUGCCACCAGCAGCAGCAGCAGCAGCAGCAGCAGCAGCGGGGGCCCUCCUCCCGUGCUCACCAAGGAAGCAGCACGCAGCGCCGCCAUCGCAGCAGCAGCACAAGCCACGGCCCUCUCCCAACGCUGCCAGUCUUUGCUGCCGCUCCUCAAACAAGCUGCAGAAAACAAAACCAACAGCAGCAGCAGCAGCAGCAGCAGCAGCAGCAGCAGCAGCAGUGACGCUAGCUCGACUGCCCCCAGCAGCAGCAGCAGCAGCAGCGACGCUGCUGCUGCCAGCAACUCCCUAUUAUUAGAGUUAGAUUCGGACGCGGAGGGCCCUGUGGUGGAACUGGACGUGGGCGUGGGCGUCUUCGAGGUGAAGGGGCAGCUGCCCCCAGACUCUCGGCUGCAGCAGAUGGGCAUUGCCCUCGUCGAUUUGCCUGAAGGGCCUUCACAAGACUCUGCUGCGCCGGGACCCCCCUUGGACGCGCUGCAGCGGGCGCUGGCGGCGCGGCAGCAGCAGACCUGCUGCAGCAGCAGACCAGUGGUCACGGUCCUCUCCAGCGGCAGCAGCAGCAGCAGCAGCAGCAGCGAAGGGGAAGACAGCGACGAGGCGCCUACUGGCUAG